AGCAGCUCCUGGCCUGAGCUCAGAGUUGAGCUCUCCCAAGGAGGCAGAGCAGCAUCCUGCAGGGAAGAGCCCUCCCAGAGCCACCAUGCUCACUGCAAGGCCAGUCCUGCUGCUCCUCGGGCUCCUCGCCCUCUCGCUGUGCUGCCAUGCAGCCCCUUACUCUCCAGCCGAGUGCUGCUUCGACUACGUCAAGGGUGUGCUCCGGCUGGACUACCUCCUGGACUUCUACCCCACUGGCAGGGAAUGCUAUUUCCCAGCUGUUGUGUUUGAGACCAAGAAAGGAGCCAAGGUCUGUGCAAAGCCCGAGGAGAAAUGGGUGAAGAGAGCAGUUAAAGUGCUUCAAAAGAAGAAAGAGCCUCGUGCCCCGUGAUGCAGAGUGGGGGCCCUGGUUCAGGCUCCCCAGCCUCCUGCUGGGAAGGAAGGUUUGCAUCCCCUCUCAGAAGAGGUUAAGGAUGUUCAGCUCCUGGGAGAGGGCACCGAGUCCCCAGAGCCCUGAGCUGCAUCCACAGCUGGGCACCAGCUCCUGGAAUGCCGCUGGCCCAGCCUGCACCUGCCUGCUGAUCACAGCCCCAAAAUAAAGUUUAUUUCAUGUGA